GAAAGAGAGAGAGAGAGGAGCGGAGUUAAUGGAGAGGGCUACAACUGCGCACAAACACAGAUUUGAUCAGUGAGUUUAACUUGCUGGUGCUGGUCAGUGCGCAGUGAAGCCACCCGCUGCAAACAAGCCCCUGCGCCCGCACCGACCUGCACUACUUGUUGAGUCGGGCUGCAACGUUUUGUUUUCUGAGAGAGAGGAAGAAGUUCAGGAACUCUGCGUGGGACUGGAUUCCAUUUUGGACGUAUUUAUAUAGACAACACCUUUGUUGCAUUUUGUAAUGUGGGGUGAUCGGAAGCAAGCGCGGAACCUGUGGAUUUAACGAAAAAGAAAACGGAUUUGGGACUGAUUAUUUCUUCUCUUUUGACUUGUACCGGUUUGCUUCGGCGUACAUGAACAUUUGCUAAAAAACAAAAACUAGAAAGAGAGACAGACAGAGAGAGAGAGAGAGAAAAUAAAAGGCAAGCGAUGGAAGUAAGUGCGGAUCAGCCACGAUGGAUGAGCCAUCAUCCCGCGGUGUUGAACGAGCAGCAUCCCGGCUCACAUCACCCGGGCCUCGGUCACUCGUACAUGGACCCUUCGCAGUAUCCCCUCGCUGAAGAUGUGGAUGUACUCUUUAAUAUCGAUGGACAGGGGAACCACGUCUCUCCAUACUAUGGAAACUCAGUCCGAGCCGUCCAGAGGUACCCUCCUCCUCCACACAGUAGCCAGGUGUGCCGUCCCUCAUUACUGCCCAGCUCUCUGCCCUGGCUGGAGGGGAGCAAAGGAAUCGCCCCGCACCACAGCACUUCUCCCUGGAACCUGAGCCCUUUCCCCAAGAACCCCCUGCACCACGGCUCCCCGGCCAGCCUGUCCGUCUACCCCCCGGCCUCCUCCUCCUCCCUGUCCACCGGUCACUCCAGUCCGCACCUCUUCACGUUUCCCCCGACCCCUCCGAAAGACGUAUCCCCGGACCCGGGCAUAUCCACCCCGGGCUCCAGCAGCUCCGGGCGGCAGGAGGAUAAAGAGUGCAUAAAGUACCAGGUGACCCUGGCCGAGAGUAUGAAACUGGAGUCAGCUCACAGCCGGAGCGUGGCAUCAAUCGGAGCAGGGUCAUCCUCUGCCCACCACCCCAUCGCCACAUACCCACACUAUGUCCCCGAAUACGGCCCAGGCCUCUUCCCACCAAGUAGCCUGAUAGGUGGGUCAUCUUCUAGUUAUGGUUCCAAAACAAGACCAAAAACAAGGUCCUGUUCAGAGGGUAGAGAGUGUGUGAACUGCGGGGCCACGUCGACUCCGCUGUGGAGGCGGGACGGUACGGGUCACUAUCUGUGUAACGCCUGCGGACUCUAUCACAAGAUGAACGGGCAGAAUCGCCCUCUCAUCAAGCCCAAGCGGCGGCUGUCCGCGGCCAGGCGGGCAGGGACGUCGUGCGCGAACUGUCAGACGACAACGACGACGCUGUGGCGGAGAAACGCCAACGGGGACCCGGUGUGCAACGCCUGCGGCCUGUACUUUAAACUGCACAAUAUCAACCGACCUCUGACCAUGAAGAAGGAAGGCAUCCAGACCAGGAACCGGAAGAUGUCCAGCAAGUCCAAGAAGAGCAAAAAGGCCCAAGACAACAUGGAAGACUUCUCCAAGAGCCUGAUGGACAAGAGCAGCUCGUUCAGCCCGGCCGCCCUGUCCCGCCACAUGUCCUCCUUCCCGCCCUUCUCGCACUCAGGCCACAUGCUGACCACCCCCACACCCAUGCACCCUUCUUCCAGCCUCCCCUUCGCCCCCCACCACCCCUCCAGUAUGGUGACGGCCAUGGGCUAGAGCUCCACCGCCUCGAAGCGCUCCUGAACCCUCGGCCUCGCCACCACCACGCCCUUCGGUACCUCUACUGACCUGCUUCCAUAUCCUAAAAAGACUAAAUAAACUGCUUCUCGGUUCCGAUCUAAGCUCCCCUGUCUCGAGCGAAUACGACAGGCUCCUUUUUUUUGUUUUUUUUUUUCCUUUCCCCCCCCUCGGUUGCAUCUUAUUUUUAUAAAAUCCGAGCGUACCUCUGCGAUGUGAAUGCUUUGCAGACUUGACUGUGGCGCACUGACCUCCAGGGGGAAGAUUUUUGUUGCGGGUUUUCUCCCCAAGCCGCCACCGUCGCCGCUGCCGCCACCACACUGAGGCUGAUCCACAACGAUAAAGGAGCUCCAUUUGUGUACAAAAAGCCAUUUUUUUUCCACACACAACAUCACAGAAAACUUUUCUGACGCCCUCUCCCUUAAUUUCCCGCCUCUCUUCACCUUGCACCUGUGUAACAGGAAACCCCCAGCUCCCCUUCUUCUUCUUCUUCUUCUUCUUCUUCUUCUUCUUCUUCUUCUUCUUCUUCUUCUUCUUCUUCUUCUUCUGCUGAGGGGAGACAGACGCUGAAUAUAUUUGUACAAAUUGUAUGAAAUACAGUACAUUUAAUGAAGACUUUUUAAUUAAGUAAGAAAAAAAAAAAGAGGAAACAUGCCCCUGGGCAGCUAACGACAAGAAGGGUACGAGUCGCAGCAGGUGGAGAGACUUGCCGCCGGAGGAGUGAGGAGAGGAGAGGACGCCUCCGAGUCCCGGAGGGGGAGGAAAAAAAAAAAAAAGAAAAGGGAGGAGGAGGAGGUGAGGGAGGGAAAAGACUUUAGAGAAAGGGCAGGCCUCGGUUUUCGCCUGCAUGAAUUGUGUUGCAUUAAGUUUGCAGAGAGUCGGCGGCUCCGGCUGCAGGCGUCUCUCUUCUUCUUCUUUUUUUUUUUUUUUUUAAUUUUAUUUUUUUUUUCCAUUUUGGAUGUGCUAUAGGUCUCGGGCAAUUGGUUUGUGUUGAAGCGCGCACGUACACACACAUGCACACAUGCACACACACACACACACACACACACACACACCUGAAAGACUUUCUUCCUGCCCACAGAUUAUAUGCAUUGUGAAAAAAGUUCCUGUAUUUGUUAUUUGUAUGUAUAAAAUCAGAGUACCAAAAAUACGAAAGAAACAAAGAUGUAGAAUUAUUUCUUUAUGUUAUGCAGACUGAAUGGUUGUAAAAAUUUAAUAAUAAUCACUAGUGUAAAAUAUGACUGCUUUUUUUGUUUCGUAAAAUUUUUUUUUUUUCCCCUCUUUGAAAAUAAUAAACUAGUUUAAUCUCUGUUGACAUGUUA